CGCCUUCUCGGCGUCAUCGAAGCUCUCCGCAGGCCUUCGCAGUUCGCACGAUUACCGCCGUUUGCCGUACAACGGUCGUCUCAUCACUUGUCAGACUCCUCUAUAUCAUCGCAAGUCCGUGACCGUUGCCUUCUGCCCUUCUCCUCCUUCACAAGAUCUCCUGGUUCGCGAAGAGAUCUGCUUCGUUUCUUUGCCUGAGGUUAAUUGGGUUUGAUACUAAUGAAGGAGAAGUCCCAGCAAGAGGAUGAAUCUCGCAAUGAAAGUGAAAGUCACGGCAAGAAAGAUGACGAGGAAGCGGCUGCACGCCAUGAUGAAAUGAAAAAAUCAAUUGAGGCCAAAAUGGCUUUACGUCAAAGCAAUUUGAAUCCUGAAAGGCCUGACUCAGGAUUUCUUAGGACACUGGAUUCCAGCAUCAAGCGCAACACUGCAGUUAUUAAGAAACUGAAGCAAAUCAAUGAAGAGCAACGGGAAGCCCUGAUGGAUGAGUUGCGAAGUGUCAACUUAAGCAAAUUUGUCAGUGAAGCUGUGGCAGCUAUAUGUGAAGCCAAACUUAGAUCAUCAGACAUUCAUGCAGGAGUUCAGAUUUGCUCUUUGCUUCACCAAAGAUACAAGGACUUCACACCAAGCUUGAUUCAAGGGCUUCUCAAAGUUUUCUCCCCUGGGAAAUCUGGGGAUGAAUCUGAUGCAGAUAGAAACUUAAAGGCAAUGAAGAAGCGUAGCACUCUGAAACUUCUGUUGGAACUUUAUUUUGUUGGUGUUAUAGAAGAUUGUGGUAUUUUUAUCAACAUUAUAAAAGACCUUACCAGUGCAGAACAGCUAAAAGACAUAGAUUCUACACAAACUAGUUUGACUCUUCUUUCUAGCUUUGCUCGCCAAGGGAGAAUAUUUUUAGGACUUCCUAUUACUGGACAAGAAAUUCAUGAAGAGUUUUUGAAGGGACUGAACAUCACAGCUGAUCAGAAGAAAAUUUUCCGAAAAGCAUUUUAUGCAUUUCACGAUGCUGCAGCAGAACUGCUUCGAUCUGAGCAUGCGUCACUUCGACUAAUGGAGCACGAAAAUUCUAAGAUCUUAAAUGCAAAGGGGGAGCUUAGUGAUGAGAAUGUCUCUGCAUAUGAAAAGCUUCGAAAAUCUUAUGACCAUUUAUAUCGUAAUGUCUCAUCAUUAGCAGAAUCUCUGGACAUGCAACCUCCAGUAAUGCCAGAGGAUGGUCACACAACUAGGGUUACUAGUGGUGAGGAAGCUGUUUCUUCUGCUGCUGGGAAAGAUUCUUCUGGUGUUGAGGCCAUAUGGGAUGAUGAAGAUACUAGAGCAUUCUAUGAAUGUUUACCUGAUCUUAGAGCAUUUGUUCCUGCUGUGCUAUUGGGGGAAGUUGAGCCGAAAAGCAAUGAACAACCUGGAAAGAGUCAAGACCAACCAACUGAGCCAGUGUCUGAAUCAGACAAACGUCAACCAGUUACACUAGAAAGUGGAGAUGUCUCCGCAGAGCCCAGUGUGUCCCCAGAGCCAGAAACAGCUGAAAGAGUGAAAGAUAAGGAUGAUAAAGAGAAGUCUAAAGACUUGGACAAAGAGAAGGGAAAAGAAAAAGAAAACGACAAAAAGGGGGAAAAUGAAAAGGAGAAUCUUAGAAAUCUUGAAGGGACUAGUUUGGAUGCUUUGCUGCAGAGGCUCCCAGGUUGUGUGAGCCGAGACCUUAUUGAUCAAUUGACUGUAGAAUUCUGUUAUUUAAACUCAAAGUCAAAUCGGAAAAAGCUUGUUAGGGCAUUGUUCAAUGUACCAAGGACAUCUCUGGAACUUCUACCUUAUUAUUCACGAAUGGUUGCCACACUUUCAACAUGCAUGAAGGAUGUCUCCUCCGUGCUCUUGCAGAUGUUGGAGGAGGAAUUCAACUUCUUAAUAAACAAAAAGGACCAAAUGAACAUUGAGACAAAGAUAAGGAACAUACGGUUCAUUGGAGAACUAUGCAAGUUCAAAAUAGCUCCAGCGGGCCUUGUCUUCAGUUGUUUGAAGGCUUGUUUAGAUGAUUUCACUCAUCACAACAUUGAUGUAGCUUGCAAUCUCCUUGAAACCUGUGGUCGUUUCUUAUAUCGAUCUCCUGAAACUACAAUACGUAUGGCUAACAUGUUGGAGAUACUGAUGCGCUUGAAAAAUGUGAAAAACCUGGAUCCCAGACAUAGUACUUUAGUGGAGAAUGCCUACUACCUUUGCAAGCCACCAGAGAGAUCUGCACGAGUUUCUAAAGUCCGUCCUCCAUUGCAUCAGUAUAUCAGAAAAUUACUUUUCUCUGAUCUUGACAAAUCUACCAUUGAGCAUGUGUUGAGGCAACUUCGUAAGUUGCCAUGGAGUGAAUGUGAAUCAUACCUUUUAAAAUGCUUCAUGAAGGUUCAUAAAGGAAAAUAUGGUCAAAUCCAUCUGAUAGCUUCUCUCGCUGCUGGUUUAAGUCGCUAUCAUGAUGAAUUUGCAGUGGCUAUAGUUGAUGAGGUUUUGGAGGAGAUUAGACUUGGGCUGGAGCUAAAUGACUAUGGGAUGCAGCAACGAAGACUUGCCCAUAUGCGAUUCCUUGGGGAGCUUUAUAAUUAUGAGCAUGUUGACUCCUCUGUGAUAUUUGAGACGCUAUAUCUAGUUCUUGUUUUUGGUCAUGGAACUCCAGAGCAAGAUGUGUUGGAUCCACCAGAAGAUUGUUUUCGUAUCAGGAUGGUUAUAACUCUUCUUGAAACUUGUGGACAUUACUUUGACCGAGGAUCUUCAAAGAGAAAACUUGAUCGAUUCCUCAUACACUUUCAGAGGUAUAUUCUAAGCAAAGGUGCACUGCCACUGGACAUUGAAUUUGAUUUACAGGACCUGUUUGCGGACUUGCGUCCCAAUAUGACUCGAUACACAUCAAUUGAGGAAGUGAAUGCAGCUCUUGUAGAGCUCGAGGAGCAUGACCGUAUUUCUUCUUCUGACAAGGCCAGUAGUGAAAAGCAUUCUGACACUGAGAAACCUUCAAGUAGGAGUACACCUCAUACUACAGCAAGGAAUGGGCAGAGCAUUGAUAAUGGUACAGAAGACAAUGGAGUGCAAGAUGAUCUGAAUGACAGUGAGAGUGAUUCAGGGAGUGACGUACUUGAUGUGGAGGGACAUGAUGAUGAGGAGUUAGAUGAGGAAAAUCAUGAGGAUGGAUGUGAGAGUGAAGAUGAGGACGAGGAUGAUGAUGGGGCUGUACCUGCUUCUGAUGAGGAAGAUGAAAUCCAUGUGAGACAGGCAGUGGCAGAUUUGGACCCUCGGGAAGAAGCCAGUUUUGAUCAGGAGCUUAAGGCUGUAGUACAGGAGAGUAUGGAACAGCGGAGGCAAGAGCUGCGAGGUCGUCCCACAUUAAACAUGAUGAUUCCAAUGAACUUGUUUGAGAGUUCCACCAAAGAUCACCAUGCGAGGGUGGGUGGGGAAAGUGGUGAUGAGACAUUGGAUGAGGAGAUGGGUGGAAACAAAGAGGUACAGGUGAAAGUUCUUGUGAAGAGAGGGAACAAGCAACAAACGAAGCAGAUGUACAUUCCCCGAGAUUGCUCAUUGGUGCAGAGUACAAAGCAGAAAGAAGCAGCUGAACUGCAAGAGAAAGAAGACAUCAAAAGGCUUGUCUUGGAGUAUAAUGAUAGAGAAGAAGAGGAGUUGAAUGGAUUAGGAACCCAGCCAACAAACUGGUUGCUCAGCGUAGGCAACAAGGGUUCUGGCCGUGGCAACACUUUGGAAGGAACUGGUGGCCGGAGUGGCGGAUCACGGCAUCGGCAUCAUAGUCAUGCUGGCAGUGGGGCCUACUAUAGUCGGAGAAAGUGAAUGGUACAAGAUAUAUUCUGAAUUCUGAGAGCAGAUCAAGCCUAAUUCCUCUCGGCAAGCUAAAUAUUGGGAAAACAGUAGUUUCAGCAUGCUAAAUUUGGGAAACAGUGGCAGGUCUGGCCGAUCACGGCAUCGGCAUCAUAGUCAAUCCUCGUCUUUCAUACACUCACCCUGUGCUAUCGAGAUGAUUCAGGGUUAGAAGCUUAGUCUCUUGUUGGUUCAGAACCUGGAGUUUGUUGGUGAAUACUAUGUGUAAUGAGGCGCAGUUGCAGUGCAGUGCAGUGCGUCGCCAAAAUGUACUGGCUGCUUGGGGCGACGUGUUUGAUGCUUGAUGAAAUCCUGUGUAACCACCAUAUUCUUAGCAUUUGUUCAUUGUAUAGUCCUCCAUAUGAAGAGACAAAUUAUUCUAAGAUAGAGAUGUGGUUUUCCCUGGACCAGUAGUAAUGUAAAGUGGAGAAUGAUGAAUAUGGAAGUGAUUUGACAUGCUACUAAUUUAAUAUUGCCUCAUUUGAAACAAGGUUUGAAUUCCAUAGCA